AUGGAGCUGGCGGACAAUCUCAAAGACGAUGCUAUUCUGAUGGAGAUUGAGAACAGCAAGGCCGACGCGGCCGAGCCUGAGUUCACGCCCAAAGAGGAGAAAGCUCUUUUGAGGAAGAUUGACUUGCAUCUAUUGCCAACAAUAUGGAUCAUGUAUCUGCUCUCAUACAUGGAUCGAACAAACAUCGGGAACGCAAAAAUUUCAGGAAUGCAGGAUGAUUUGAACCUGUCUUCAAAUCAAUACUCCAUUUCCCUUGUCGUUUUCUUUGUCGGUUACGUGGUUUUUGAAAUACCUAGCAAUCUUCUGCUUAGUCGCUCGCGUCCGUCGAUAUUUCUGCCUUCUAUCAUGGUGGUAUGGGGAACAAUGACGUGUGUUAUGGGUGUCAUCCAUGAUUAUAAACACCUUGUCGUGCUGCGAACCCUAAUCGGCUGUAUCGAGGCUGGGUUCGCCCCGGGCGUAUUAUUAGUUUUGUCUUCUUGGUAUAAGAAAACCGAGCAAUCCAAAAGAUUUGCGGUGUAUAUUUCCGCGGCUAUCUUAUCUGGUGCCUUUGGGAGUCUUCUCGCUGCUGGGAUUGUGGACGGGCUAGAGGGUUCUCAUAGUAUUCGAGGAUGGCGGUGGUUGUUCAUUGUCGAAGGUGCUGUGACGGUUGGGUUCGCUCUCUUGUCGAUGUUGUUCCUCCUCGAUUUCCCGGCCACCUCUCACAUGCUGAGCGAGCGUGAACGCCAUGUUGCCAUUAGGCGUCUUGCCACAGAGAAUGUGACUGCCGCUUCUGAAGACCCAUCUCAACGGCUCUCUGGAAUGAAAGCCACCGUUGACGCAAUCAAAAAUUGGAAGACAUGGAUGUUUGUUAUAGGAUAUAUGGUCAUAGUCGGUUCUAGUACUCUAUCUUAUUUCUACCCAACUCUCGUUGAGGGUCUGUUCGGCAACAAAUCCAGCAGCCAGGUCAAUUUUCUCACCGUUCCUAUAUACGCCGUCGCUUUUGUAUGUACUUUGAUUACAGCGUACUUUGGUGAUAAGGUUCCCUAUAUGCGAGGCACUAUUAUUUCGGCCUGGCUGCUUUUCUCGUGCGUGUGCUCUAUCAUUGUCUGCGUCGUGUCCAAUUUUACUGCUCGUUAUGUCCUGCUCGUGCUCAUGGCAGCUGGGUUAUGGUCUACCAAUGGUGCUGCAUUGGCAUAUGCAUCGUCGGCUUUUGGCGAUAUGGACCCUCAGGUUCGAGGUGUCAGCCUUGCUUUGGUCAAUGCAUUGGGAAACUUGUCGCAAAUAUACGGUUCGUACCUGUUUCCGUCAUCGGAUGCACCUAAAUAUCUCAUGGGAUUUGGUGUCAUCUCAGGUAUGCUGGGUGUUGGUGUUGUAGUAUACGCGUUGCUGCACGUCAUAUUACGAACGUCAAUGCAUUUCUAG